CAAUCUCCUCACAUCGCUGGACGUGCUCACCUCCGCUCCGGGCCAGGUCUAUGUCCCGGUUUCCUGCCGUCGCGGGCAGGGCGCCAAGGCGGCAGGAGGAAGGUGAGCGGUCGAGGGAGCUCCAGGAAGAGCGGCCGUCGGUGGUUUCCAUCGCGGAUAGAGAGGAGAAAGGAUGCACAUCACAAGAGGGAGGAACUACUCCAACUUUUCCUAUUCAGAAACAAAGAAAAAAGCUUAUUCAAGCUGUAAGGGACAAUUCAUUCCUUAUUGUUACUGGAAAUACUGGAAGUGGUAAAACAACUCAGCUCCCAAAGUAUCUAUAUGAAGCAGGGUUUUCACAGCAUGGUAUGAUUGGUGUGACUCAGCCACGAAAAGUAGCUGCCAUAUCAGUUGCUCAGAGGGUUGCUGAAGAAAUGAAAUGUGCUUUGGGAUCCAAAGUAGGAUACCAAGUUCGUUUUGAUGAUUGCAGCUCUAAGGAAACAGCAAUCAAAUACAUGACAGAUGGGUGUUUACUGAAACAUAUUCUGGGAGAUCCAAAUCUUACCAAAUUCAGUGUCAUAAUUUUGGAUGAAGCUCAUGAGAGAACUCUAACUACAGAUAUUUUAUUUGGUUUAUUAAAGAAGCUAUUUCAAGAGAAGUCUCCAAACAGGAAGGAACAUUUAAAAGUGGUAAUAAUGUCUGCAACUAUGGAGUUAGCCAAGCUUUCUGCGUUCUUUGGAAAUUGUCCUAUAUUUGACAUACCUGGAAGGCUUUAUCCAGUCAGAGAGAAAUUCUGCAAUUUGAUUGGCCCACGAGACAGAGAAAAUACUGCAUAUAUUCAAGCGAUUGUAAAAGUGACUAUGGAUAUUCAUUUGAAUGAAAUGGCUGGAGAUAUCUUAGUGUUUCUGACAGGCCAGUUUGAAAUUGAAAAAAGUUGUGAGUUACUUUUUCAAAUGGCAGAGUCUGUUGAUUAUGAUUAUGAUGUUCAAGAUACCACUCUAGAUGGCUUGUUAAUAUUGCCGUGUUAUGGAUCUAUGACUACAGAUCAACAAAGGAGAAUAUUUUUACCACCUCCACCUGGAAUUAGAAAAUGUGUCAUAUCCACCAAUAUUUCUGCAACAUCUUUGACGAUAGAUGGGAUCAGAAGUGAGGCCUUACAGCGAAGUGGCCGAGCUGGACGGACUGCUACAGGAAAAUGUUUUCGGAUUUAUAGUAAAGACUUUUGGAACCAAUGUAUGCCUGACCAUGUGAUUCCUGAGAUUAAGAGAACUAGUUUGACAUCUGUAGUUCUGACCUUAAAGUGCCUUGCCAUACACGAUGUCAUAAGGUUUCCCUAUUUGGAUCCACCUAAUGAGAGACUUAUUUUGGAAGCUCUUAAGCAACUUUAUCAGUGUGAUGCUAUUGACAGGAGUGGCCAUGUGACAAGAUUGGGUUUAUCUAUGGUGGAAUUUCCUCUCCCUCCACAUCUGACAUGUGCAGUAAUCAAGGCUGCUUCUCUUGAUUGUGAAGAUUUACUACUUCCAAUAGCAGCAAUGUUGUCUGUGGAAAAUGUCUUCAUUAGACCUGUUGAUCCCGAGUACCAGAAGGAAGCAGAACAGAGACAUCGAGAAUUGGCAGCUAAAGCUGGAGGAUUUAAUGACUUUGCAACUUUAGCUGUUAUCUUUGAACAGUGCAAAUCAAGUGGAGCUCCAGCUUCAUGGUGCCAAAAACAUUGGAUUCAUUGGAGGUGCUUAUUUUCUGCAUUUCGUGUGGAAGCUCAACUUCGAGAACUAAUUAGGAAACUUAAACAGCAAAGUGACUUUCCAAGAGAGACUUUUGAAGGCCCUAAACAUGAAGUACUACGAAGAUGUCUUUGUGCAGGCUACUUCAAAAAUGUUGCUCGAAGAUCUGUUGGGAGAACGUUUUGUACAAUGGAUGGACGUGGAAGCCCAGUUCAUAUUCAUCCUUCCUCAGCACUUCAUGAACAGGAAACCAAACUUGAAUGGAUCAUUUUUCAUGAGGUAUUAGUUACCACCAAAGUCUACGCAAGAAUUGUGUGUCCAAUCCGUUAUGAAUGGGUGAGAGACUUGUUGCCCAAGCUGCAUGAAUUGAAUGCUCAUGAUUUGAGUAGUGUGGCUCGACGUGAAGUUAGAGAAGAUGCAAGAAGAAGAUGGACCAAUAAGGAAAAUGUAAAGCAGCUAAAGGAUGGAAUAUCAAAAGAAGUCCUAAAGAAAAUGCAAAGAAGAAACGAUGACAAAUCCAUAUCAGAUGCACGGGCACGUUUCCUUGAGAGAAAGCAGCAGAGGACACAAGAUCAUGGUGACACAUUGAAGGAAACAGGCUAAGAAGUCAACCCUCCAAUUCAGGAAGUAGGAAAAGCAGCCAGGAAGUGUGCUUCUACUUUGCCAGUUAUUUCAGACAUUACUGCCAAGAGGAAGUGGUCAGCAGCUAUUUCUAGCCUGUGAGCUGAAAGCAAAUCAAAGCUCAUCAGUACCAACAAAUGGAAUUUUGAAGGAAAGGAUUGGGUUGCAUAGUCAUAGGCAAUGAUACCCGAACCAAUGAAAGACAAUACUUGUAAUAUUUUCCUUGCUUCAGUUUUGCUGGCCUUAACUGGUAUUAAACGCUGUCAUUGAGAUAUUUUCCAAGAACAUUGAAUUGUAUUUAAUCAGCGUGUAUUCCAUUUGCAUUGAAGCAUUAAAAAUUAUUUUCCUUAAAUCUCUUUAAGGCCUUCUUGUUGCUAUUAGAUUAGUGUUAUUCAGGUACGUGACCUUUUUCUUCAGAAGGCUGAAUUUACAUUAAGAGGUUUUUACUCAGCAAUACGUAGAUGUCUAACUGUUUAAUUGCUACAGAGCUUUAUAGAUAUAGAGAAGAGUCAGUAAAUAAAAUUUGCCUAUGACAGGAUUCUUUCUUGAAUUAAUACUAAUCCUUAAAAUUGAUUUUUUCUGGGAUUAUACAAAUUCCUUUUUAUAUAAAAAAUAUAUUGUUUAAAACAGUAGCUAUAGCCAUUAACCAAAGGAAAGAUGAUAUAUAUAAAUAUAUAUAUAUAUAUAAAGUCUUUUUUAGCUGUUCCUACAUACUUGUAUCAGCAUCAUGUAUGUAGGUGUAACAGUGCUUUCAAGUAGUCCCUCCACCUGGCCUACUCUUUUGCCUCCAGCUGCUUGAGUAGGACUAUUUAAAUAUCUGGUACACUGAUCUUAAGAUGGUAUUUUCAAAGCAGCCAACACUACUUCACCAGUGUUUCAAAUUGGAACCUUGAGGCUAGUUAGUAUUACACUCAGGCCACACUCAGCACUUGCCUACUCUUGUUUACUGCCUUGUAUUCUAGUUAUUUGUGUAUAUGUCUGUCUCCCGCACUAGAUUAUACGCUCCUUGUGGGCAGGGGCUGUGUCUUUUUUGUCUUUGUAUCUUUCAUGGCACCUGGCAUAGUGCUUUUGCACAUAGUAGUCACUCAGUGUUUGUUAAAUAAAGCUAUUAGUGUCAUUAAAACUCAAAA